UUUGUGUCAUCUGCACCAGUCGGAUGUGUACGCUCCAACUUCCAAAUUCCAAAUUUCAAUAAAAGUCCAAAUCGCUGUCUGUAAAUUCUAAACUAUAAUUACCAAAUUGUUAUUUGAGAACUGUUGCCAUGAAAUCAACAUAAUCGUUUUCAAUAGCAUUACCACGUGUCAACUGACUACGAAACCUGUGUGAAAGGUCCUAUUUCUUAUCAUCAAGGACGAAUAUUUGUUACCCUUGGUUAUGUAUAGCCGCAGGGAACGCUGAUUCAAUCAGUCUCGUUAUUGUUGCUCAAAUCGAACGACGCCCAUCUCCGAUGCUGUGAGACCUGCCUAGACUAGUCGUCGACUUAUGACUUGCAUCCAGUCACAAAGUGUUUCAUGAAGGCCUAUUCAGAUCGUCAGAUGGAGUCUGUACUUCCUGAAGCAAUGGUGGAACCAAAUUUCACUCGAGAGGAAGUCAAAUUCUCUUGUAUGCAAGCGGAAAAGUUGGAGGGCGUCAAUGCCGUUUGGCAAUAUUUGGACUCCUACCGCAUUAAUUUAAUUGAGAAAUCUGCCAAAUUUGAGUCUGAGAAGAAAUUGUUCGAGUCUCAUCGCAAAAAAGCUUUAGAGCAGAUUCACCUCGAUUUACAGUCACAGUUUCAAUGCAAAAUCGAAGAUUUUAUCAGAAAGCUGAACGAAGCUACACAUCUGUUGACAGCGAGGAAACAAAAAAUCGAUAAACAGUCGAAAUACAUCACCGAAUUGGAAGAUAAACUUAAAAGUUCCCAGUACAAUGUUACACUCCCAGUUACUGUACAAGAAAAAGCUUUAAACAAUCAAACUUUAUUCGAACUCGAACGUGAAAAUUCUUCGUUAAAAUCUGCCAUUGAAUUUUCAAAGAAGGACUUCGAGGAGCGACGUUUUUUGGAUAACCGCAUCACUGAACUUGAAACUAAUGUCAAUCAACUGACUGAAGAACGAGAUCAGUUACAAGAAAUGGUUCAACAGUUGUCUAAAGAAAAACAAGAAUCAGUAAUAGAUGACAUAUUCAAAUGCAAGACUUGUGAUGCCAUUGUGUCUGCUGAGCAACUGGAUCAGGAAGAAACAACACAACUUGUAAACCUUUCAUCAGAGUCAUCCGGUUGUCAUUCUGAGGUGGUAUCUAUUAGAUAUGAUGUGGAAGAUGUGGCAGUACUGAGUGAAUUGCACCCGUUGAGUGCAGAAGAAAGCAGGAACAUAUGGCUAAUUUUUCAUACUUCUACCUCUCAACACUUCGUUGCGUCCAGUAUCUACCUUAAAUUGAUUAACUCUUCAUGGAGAUCAGAACACACUCAAUCUUUACAGGCACUGACUGAGCUGCUGGAAGCGUGCGACACUAAUAUUCAGUACCUCCAAUCUAUUCAAUCCUGCUUGAAAACUUCGGACAGCAGCACUAAUGAUAAUGUUGUGACAUCUGUCAAACAAUUGUUACAGAAAUGGGUCCAGCUGAAUGUAAAAGUCUACCUUUUUCAACGCAACGUCGAGCAACAAGGUCCAAUCUGCCCGGAACAAUCUGCCACUUUUCCAAACAGCUGAGCCUACGAACAACUCUCACCACCGAAAUCACCGGCCAACAAAUCGGUCAUAUUUGUCGUCGUGUAGGACAUGCGAUGACGAGCUUCCACAGGAUGGCAACAGGAGAAAGAGAAAUAUAUGUUCCCGCUGAUAGGUGAAUUCGGAAUGGACCGGGUAAUCCCGGGACUACAAUUACCAGAGAAAGAGAGUUUGAAAGAAAAACAGUUGGAAGAAUUAAGGAAGCGAUAAAGAAGGAAGGAAUUUGCUAUUACUGGAUGGAGUUGAUAAAUUCGUGGUCCCGUCGAGCGCCAGUGUGUAGUAGUAGGUCUCUUUUGCGGUCACUUGCCGUGCGCUAACGCGUAAAAGGAGGAGAUUGGGCCGAGCAGAUGGCGUGUGUUGCUUAAUAUUUUAUUUUCUUAUUUUCUUCGCGGUUAAUGGACGACAUCUUGAUGUCGUUUCCUUUAUUUGUGUUGGCAGUUAUGCUGUCCAGUUUCUCUCCCUUUCUCUUCCU